AACUUGCAACUCAAGCUGGUAAGAAGUGCAUCCUGGGAAAUUAACCAACAUGGGGAUCUGAUCCAAGUAGCACCAUGCAGCACUAACAACAUGAUUGACUGAGGGACAGGAACAAUAAUAAUCAUCAUACAAUAAUCUGAUAUUAAGAGUCACUGUGCGGAUCCCCCCGAACUACCGCUCUGCGAGUCAGUGUUUCCCGAUCUAUGCUCCGAGACAAUGAGAUUGUUUCUGGCCGUCCGUGCGCUUGAAUGUGUGCCUGCUUAAAGCUCUUUCGGGGAAGUGCAUCACUCCCAAUUUUACCGGAUGAUGGACAGGAAUUACCCGACUUCCAGCUUCGCAGAGCAGCUGGCUCCAGCAGCACAGACCGCAGCUUGGGCCUACGAUCGCAGUACCGCAAGCAUGAAACCAAGUUCAACCUAUGGAGCAACACAUUCAGAAUCAGAGCUACUCCAUCGCCAGGCUUAUGCUUCUACUCAUCAGCUCCCCUCGUAUGCCACUGCACACCAUCCCACAGGGCUGCCUGGAGUCUUCGACGCUGGUUUGCAAACUGCUAACAGUAAUACUACUGAAACAUCAGUCAUGAACUUCCUCUCUGCUAUCGAGUCCCGUACCACUCAGGCUGGACCUGCCACUGCUUCCCUCUUCCCCCAGUUCAGGACUCCCUCAUGGCAGACUGGCAUGAAUUCAUCUGCUGCUACAGAGCUGUUUGUUACUGGAUCCUUGCCCUCUACAGGAACAUUUCCGAACCCAGCGGCUCUCUCCACUUACCCCCAUCCCAACAGCUUCUCUACCCGCAGCUUUGCCACCACUUCCUCACUGGCACUUCAGGAGUCCACCUUCAGCUCCUCCACAAAUGGGAUACUGUCCCCUCACGACCCUCUGCUGCAGAUCAAGUCCUCCCAGAGCACAGUGCCCACAGCACUGUCCUUUGACCGCCUCAACAGCACUGUCCUGAGCACCAGUCUCCCACCCCAGUCCUCCACAUAUCGUUCGGCCCAAGAGUCAGCCCCCCACCUCCUGCAACCUCAGUUCAGCCUGCUGCCAUCAGCCCUCGGCGGCUCACAGCAAGUCCCCCAACCUUACAGCACCUCGGUCUUCACAGGCUCUGUUGAGAGAGCACAUCAGAGGGAAUGUAGUGUGAUCAAACACCAUCAGCGGCCUUCCAGCACCCAGUCAAUCCAGGCGCAACUUCCUGGCAGUGCGCAGCAUUCCUUGCAGGGCUACGUCGCUAGCGGGAGUGACGUUACCUUCCAGAGCUCCCCACAGCAGCCAGCUGUGCCCUGCAGCGCUAUGGGAGACUCCACUCAGGUGAGCAAUAGCAGACCACAGCAGAAAACAUCUCAAUCCACACUGGAGCAAACUCAGGCCUACCCCUGCUCCAUUCCUUCUCCUGGGUUUUCGUCCUCGCCCAGCACGAAAACCAAAGACUGUUCCUCCAGGCACGCCCAACAGCCCCCAGAAGCUGCUGACUCCCACGGCGGCUCCCCUGACUUGCAGUCUCAGAAUUACCCCUCCCCCAUUCAGAAGCAGAGCUCUGUGAUCUCUAGUCAACCCCAGCCUUACACAUCUGCACAGCUACCUAUUCUGAUGUCUGUCAGCCCUUCGCAGCACUAUGUCUCAUCACCAGCCCUGCCCAGCAGCAUCAGCCAGGGUUACUCUUCCAGUCAGUCAGAGAAGUUGCCUUCUUUUUACAAGACUCUGACUGCUUUCUCUGGCCAGUCAGGAAAUGUAACCUCUGUGAGCCAGUCACUCAUCUAUUCUUCCAAUCAGCAGCAGGGGCUGCUCUCAGUCGGGCAUAGUGAAGAAUAUGGGGCUCAGGUGCAGGGGUCUUGCCAGAGAAAUCCCUCCCAGAGCUGUUCUUCCAGUCACUCUCAGGGUCUGCCAACUGUAAGCUAUUCUGCACAGUCCCAGGGACUGGCUACUGUCAGCCCCUCUCAGAGCUAUGCUUCAGGACAAUCCUUAACUCUGACAUCAGAGUCCCCCUCCUUCUCUUCCAGUCAUGCCCAGAGCUUGCCAAUUCCAAGCUCCACCCAGGACUUUAUUUUAAUGCAGCCUUCCCCUGGUGUCAAAACAGAAAACACAUUAUCGCCUCAGAAAUACCUUCCACCCGUUCAUUCACCCCAAUUCUCCUCCGCCUCUCAUUCCCAAGCCUUACAAAACAACAGAUCCUCAGCUGACUUGAAGCCAUCUUAUGGCAAAAGGAAAUCAGACUCCAAUGUCUUUGUCAUCUCCAAACAAGAGGGAGAUGAGUUCCCCAUUCAGGAUUUGCAGGCCUUGCAGCAGACACCUUCGGGCCAGACCCUUGCAGGAAUGCAAAACAAUAUUGUGCAUGUGGUCUCCAAGAUGGACAACCGAUACAAUUCUCAGAGUGUAAUCCGGAGCAACAUGCAGCCUGAGGACCAGAUAAUCAGCCUGGCACUCCCAGAAUCCAAAAAAGAAGAAAGGAUGGUCUCUUUGAACCACCAUGAACAACAUAUGGCUAGUGCCAACAGUCAAGUAACCACAGAUACAAAGAGGAACUCCCCUCUAACACAGUCUUCCCAUGUGAAUAUAAGCACAGACGAGCUUAAGCAGCACUCCCUGCUCCACACUGUGCCCGUGUCACAGCCGCAGAACCAUCAGAUACAGGCCCCUGGCACCCAGCAACUGGGUCAGAAUCAGGUGUCGCAGCAGAUGCAAUAUAUUCGCCUACCAAGCGCCCAGGUCUUGCUAGAGCCUUCACGGGAUCUACAGAUGAUCCUGCUGCAGCAGCCCUUACUUCCCACAGGGAUUGACCCAUCCAAGGUGUCAACCCAGAUGCAGCAGAUUCCAGUGCACUACCUGCAAAUGGAUGAUCAGGUCAGCAGUGCCAAUGGGAGUCACAGCCAGGAGCAGAUUGUUCUUCCACAGAAUUCUGACAUCCUUAAGAUGGACAUGGCUGAGCCCUCGAAGCCUGGACAGCAUCACCCAGCACCAAAAGAUAACUUCAGCCAACAACAUCAACAUGAUGCUAAGCAUCACUUUGCCCUGAGUUCCAUCUGCUUCCCCGAGUCCAUGCUGCUGGGAGAUGAAAGGAACAUCUUGUCCAAUGUGGAUGACAUUUUAGCUGCCACAGCUGCUGCCUGUGGGGUCACUCCUCAGGAUUUUGUCAAGGCCACCUCCUCGGAGGGGGAAAUGCCCUCGCUGGCUAGUCCCAUGGACUCAAAAGGCCACUUCCAAUUAGUGGACACAAGACAUAUCUCUCCUAGCUUCUCUUGCCCUCACCCCAUUGUUGCCAACACACAUACUGUGGCCAUGACACUAAAUGGUGGUCAGCUAACAAUGGGCAUCCACCAGUUGCCCAAAGGUGGAGUCUUGCAGCACCAAGCACUUGAGGUUUCAAAUUCACUUAUACAGCAGGACGUGACCACCUCAUCUGCCAACUCCAGGCAUGAAAUGAAAGAAGGGGAAGUAAGAUCCCUGCAAAAGCCCCGAAGCACUAGCCGUGAAUUUGAGGGGGAGAAGGAGGAAGCAUCUGAAGAAGAGACUUUGAGCAACACUAAUGGUGCUUUCAACCCCAGUGGGAGGAGCGCUAGUGAAGAGACCACAGCCUCAAAGAAUGACCUCCAACUGGCUGGUCAGGAGUGUGACCACAUGGGAAUUCUAGACAGUACCAAGCUGUCCAAAGGUAAGGAACUAGCUCCAAUCAGUGGGCAAAAGGCCAUUAAAACAGACCAUGCCAUCAUGGAAUUUUCCUCCAGUAGUUUCCCCAGGAAGAAGGCUAAGUCUAAGGGUUCUCUAAAGCUGGCUGGUGAGGAGGAAAAUAGCCACCCUAAACCAGUGAAGAGGACUGGCCAGAAUAAGAGGCAGAGCUCCAAAGGGAGUGAUACCAACUCACCCUCAACAUCCGAUGGCUGCUAUGACAGCUACCAGCAGCAGGAGAGAAUGCGGCAGAAGAUUAGAGAGGUGGAAGAAAAGCAGCCAGAAGUCAAAACUGGAUUCAUUGGGUCCUUUUUGGACUUCCUGAAAUCUGGUCCCAAACAACAAUUCUCGUCUCCUCCAAUAAGGAUGCCAAAUCGUUCCCGUAAAUCCUCCACAUCCUUCAAAAGGCCUCCCUGCCCCCUUCCCUCCCUACCCUCCAAACAACACCCUCUGCUAGCACCAUUGGCUUCACUGGAACCUGAUGGUGCCAAUCGAUCUAAAAGGCUGGACGAAGAGCUGAACAAGAACCUGGAGACCCUUCCGUCUUUCUCGUCUGAUGAGGACGAUUCUGUGGGAAAGAAUCAGGACCUUCAGAAGAGCAUUACUUCUGCACUCUCUGCCCUGGAUGACCCUGCAGAAAAAAAGAGAGUUGCAGAGAAAAACCAUCCAGCUGCUAUCGUGAAGCAAGAACAAUGUCACAGCUUGCCUCCCUCAGUCUUGAAGACACAAAAGCAAAGUCCUGCUGUGCCUGCAGAGUUGUCUUCAGCGGAGCAGAUAAAGGACAUCCCCUCCGACCAGCUGGCCAUGCAGCUGACCUCUGUGGCCAUCGAGGGUCUGACAGACGAGGACCUGUCUGACAGCGGUGGGGAGGGGAUGUACCGUGAGCGGGAUGAGUUUGUGGUGAAGAUUGAGGACAUUGAGUGUUUGAAGAUGACACUAACAGCGGGGUGUGAGCCCCCUGCCAUCUGGAAAGUUCAGAAGGCCUUACUGCAGAAAUUUGUACCUGAACUGAGGGAUGGAACCAGAGUGUUUUCUGCCACUAACAGUUAUUUAGGUUACUUUGGGGAUGCGAAGACCUUGUACAGAAGAGUGUAUGUGAAAUUCAUUGACACCGUAAACAAGAGGGAGUACGUCCGAGUCUGUAACAGGAAACCAAGGUGCAAGCCCAUGCACUCUAUGAGAGGUUCUCAGGUCAAGGCUCUGCUCAGCCAGAGGGCUGCCUCUACUGUGGCUGUCAUCCCCUCCACACCAAAACCUACGUCCAGCAAGCCCCCCUUGAAAGCCAAAGCCAAGCAGCCCAAGGUGAAGGCUGAGCCACCACCAAAAAAGAGGAAGAAGUGGAAGGAGGAGUUCUCCUCACCCUCUGAAUCAGCCCAGGAGGCCGUGAGUGAGGAUGAUGAGUUCACACCGCCAGUCCCCUUUGCCACGCGCUUCCUCAACACUAGGACCAUGAAGGAGACCUUCAAGAGCUAUGUGGAGCUGCUGAUCAGCGUAGCCCUGGAUGCGAACGUGAUGGAGGCACUGGAGAAGGAGAGCGAUGAGCUCCUGCUUCCGCACAUGAAGAGGGUGGAUGGCAUGCUCACAGACAACAGGAGAAGGCUGCUGCCCAAACUGCGCGUGGGACACCUGUUCAAGAGUGCCCUGGACAGUUUCCCAGAGUUGUCUGUGGUGGCUGAACUGACAAAGGAUGGCGAAACCCCCACAUUUAAAGUGCGGUUAAGUGGGAAGGCUUACAACAAGAAAACUAUGAGGCCUUCCAAAGUCUCUGGCAAAUUACCCCUGGAAUACACUGUGGACAAGGAGAAAACACAGUGGUUCUCACUGUACCACUCACUCCAGCAUUACAAGUACCACACCUUCCUUAUGUGUAAAGAUGAGAUUGCAUCUCUUCAGACACAGGCCCGGGACCUGGGGCAGGAGGAGACGGUACAGCUGUGCAUGCGUGAUGGCAAGUGGGUGGAGGGCCUCUUCGACAAGUUCGGCGAGCUGCUGACCCAGGUGCAGCAAACCUGUUCCUUAUAGCUGGAGCAGAGAAGCCACCAAUGACCGAACUGCUAGCCUCUAAUCAAACCUCUUCAAAGCACUAACUGAAACCCAAUAAAGACCAAAUCAUGCACUGGUGUUCAGUGGUGCCAGGUCUCACAAGCUCUUAGCAUUUCCAGCUCGGUAAUGGAAAUGCUGUAUCACACGGUGCUAAACUGGCAGAGUAGAGUGAUUUACUCUGUUGAUUUUAUUAGUUAUUUUAUUAUUAUUGCUGGCCAACUGUUCUGGAUUGGGUUUUCUUUUAUGUAUUUUAUCUUGAGCAGCAUGAUGGAUCAAAAUGAUAGACCAUGCACUAGAUGUAAACAAAGCAUCUUGCAUAGGAAUCAAAAUGUUUCAAUCAGACAAAAGUAUCUUGAUACUUUUUCCCUCAUCACUGUGCCAGUGAUUACGGCCAACAGUAAACAUGAAUGGUGGGGAUGUUCAUAAAUAUAUAGAUAAAUAUAUAUGUGUAUAAAACAUCCAAUUUUACA